UCUGAAGUUGGACGGCAACCGUUCGCCAAGCCCGCCACGUGCCGUUUCGGCGGGAGAUCGGAUUACUGUGACAUCGAAGGCGAUGUUCGGGUGGAUCCGGGCUCAGCGACGGUGUAUCAAGUUCUCCAUCCAACAAGCAGCGAUUUCAUCGCUAAAUCGACGGCGGCGAUGACCAACUACCAAAACAACAACAACGACAUCACUUCGCCGCCGCCGGCGGUGAAGCCCUACCCGCGAAACGGCGACGAGGCCGCCAUGGGACAAAUAAGGGAAUGGACGGUGAAAAUGGUGCCGGCAGACCAUCAGGACUUGCCGCUUUGUUCUUCUCGUCGAGUUCAUCAUGAUGAUUCUUCUCCGGCGCUCCUGUUCUCUCUGGGAGCCUAUUUCGGAAACUACUUCCACGCCUUCACCGACGUUCUGGUGUCGCUCUUCGUCACCGCGCGCCCCUUCGACCGGGGGCUCCAUCUCCUCGUCACCGACGGCCACCAUUUGCAGGUUGCCAAGUUUGCAACUAUGUGGCAGGCACUAUCCAGAUAUGAAGUGAUAGACAUCGACAAGGUUCAACCUGAUGGAAAAGCCCACUGCUUCUCAAGAGUUAUACUAGGCUUGAAAGGGCGAGACGGCAAAGAACUCAGCAUCAACACAUCGGAAACUCAAUAUACGAUGAAAGACUUCAAACAUUUCCUAAGAAGUGCUUAUUCUCUCAAUAAAACAGCCGCAAUCAAACUACAAACAGAAGACGAUAAGACGACAACAUUGGUGCCGCGACUUUUGAUAAUUUCUCGAGAGAAGACUCGGACGUUCACAAAUACGGAAGAGAUCGUGACGAUGGCUAGAGAGCUUGGGUACCAAGUAACGGUGACGGAACUCGACUCGAACGUGUCGAGAUCGGCGAGGCUCGCGAAUCGUGCCGACGUGAUGAUGGGAAUUCACGGAGCGGGACUUACCAACAUGGUUUUUCUUCCGGAGGAUGCGGUUGUGAUCCAGGUGGUUCCGUUUGCCGUGGACUGGUUUGCGACUAACUAUUUCGGAGAGCCGUCGAAGGGUAUGGAGGUGAGGUACUUGGAGUACAAGAUAGAGAGGGAGGAGAGCAGUUUGGUGAAGCAGUACCCGCCCGACGAUGUCGUUUUCACCGACCCGUCGUCGUUUCGAUGGGAGGAGUUCAGUCCCAUUUACAUGCUGAACCAGAAUGUGACGCUUAAUGUUACGAGGUUUAGACCUGUGUUAUUGGAAGCUUUAGAGCUGUUGCACCAAUGAUUGGGUUCAAGAAUCGUAGAUCAACAUUGAAGAAUAUGAGAAUGAAAAAGAGGCAGAAAAAUAUAGUACUACAAACAGAGUAUCAUGAUGUCUGAUUAUUGUUCUCCGGAUUCCUCCAGAUUUGAGCAUCCUCCCGGCGAAAAGGGGCACUUUCCUGUCAUCUUUAGCUGAUGAAAUGGUAUGCAAGUAGCGGUAACAUUCUAUGUAAAAUCCAU